GAUGUCCAUCUCCGGCUCGGAGAACUUGCACUGGCUGUCGCGGACUUGACUGCUAUCUCGAAUACGACGUACGCAGUUUCGAACCAGAAUGAGAACGUGGUCUUCGUGAGCCAAAUCUGAAACCACCACCUUCUCCCGAAUCCUUGAUCGCACACGCGCUCGCCUCACCGGUUUUCCCACCACCCCCACCUUCCACCAACCGCCGACAUGGAGCGGCUAUCUUUAAACGAAACCGCGGGCAACACGCAGCCACAGCAGCCACAAUCGCAACAGCAACAGCAACAACAGAGGCAACCACAGCAGAAUGCGCUUGGUCCCUCAGCCCCGACGUCCGGUCCCCCACAGCUUCCCCCUCAGAUGUUCACGACCGCCGCACAACUGUUGGAUUUGACAGAUAAGAAACUUGUUCUGGUCCUCCGCGAUGGGAGGAAAUUGAUUGGUGUAUUGCGAAGCUGGGAUCAAUUCGCGAACCUUGUUCUACAGGACACAAUUGAGCGAAUCUACGCUGGAAGUCUUUACGCGGAUGUCCCGCGCGGAAUCUUCCUCGUGCGCGGCGAGAACGUCCUCCUUCUGGGCGAAGUGGACCUUGACCGCGAGGACGAAAUCCCCACUUCCGUCACCAAGGCCCCAUUCGAGGAGGUCUUCGAAUUGAAGAAGAAGGAAGACACCAAGCGCAAGCUUGGAGAUAAGAAGCGAAACACUGAACUCCAGGCACUUGGAUUUGAGCCUGAGCAUAGUGGCGAAAUUUUGUUCUAGGGCAUCUUUGUUGCAUGUUUGCGGUGUGCCAUGCUCCUGCCAGCCGUCCCGAAGGCCCUGACCCCAAGUGCCGCAAAAUUGGGAACGAUCGGUUAAUUUUAUACGCGAUGGUCUCGAUUUGGGGAUGAACACAAACUAAGGCGUGAUCCGACCGUUUGUGUUCAGAUGUUCAGAUGCGGAUGAUAAGAAGGUGUGUCUUUGCCUUGUCAGAGCCGGCUUUCUUAUCAGCUUUGAAGAAUUUUCAAGGCCUCAUGAGUUUUGCGCACGCCGGCUUGCGGACGGCUGUAGAGGGAGUAAACAUUUUCAAAUCGGGUUAAGGUGUCAGGCCUCGAACCCGAUGCGCAUGAUGUUCGUCGCAUUGUCGAUUGCGCAUACAUACAAUACCACUGGCUACUUGAAAGAUGGUGGGACGCUGGUGAACAGAGGCGUGAACAGCCGUCAACAUAUUCCAGAUGGGAUAAUUUUUUUUUUCUUUUUUCGAUUUCUCAUGUUCAAUAGUAACAAUCACGAUUUGACGGUCCAUAUCGUAUAAUUUCCUCGGCCA